AUAUAACUUUUCCUGACAGAACUAGAAGAUGAAGAUGAUAGGCUCCGCUGCUGAGUACUAGCAUUGACGGAUCAGGCUUUGACUACGACUGGGAAAGUAGAGAGUGGUAUUGUAGUGCCCAUCUGUACAGUGAUGAUUAUGCUCAUACAUAUCAAGAAAAACAUUCAAAGAAAUAUGAUUUGCCCCUGUUCUAUCUAGGUUCUUUUGUAUUUUCCACAUUUAAGAAAAAGAUUGUGAAACCGAGAAGACACGGCGAACAAAAUGAGGAGACUCAUCCUGUUACAAUUGUUGAGCGUGGCGUUGGCGAGCGAAUGGGUCGCUUUACUUUGCGGGGGCGCGGUGCUCGAGUUGUCACGAUCAGGAAGGCAGGCACAUCCUGAAGGCGAGGGAGGUGAAGAAUCUUCUCCACUUCUGUCACAAACUCCUCCGCUACCAAGUAGUACCGCCAGCAGCGCUGCAUCGGCAGGCGGCACUGCUGUGCAACCCGUUGCAAGUAGUCGUGCCAGCGCGACCCCAAUCGUAGUACACGACCACAACACCGGUGGGCGAGAAGAAAGAUUCCUCGCGGAAGGGGAAAUAUCAGCUCAAGAUGGACCUUUACCAGUCCUGCUCGGACGGCACACACUGGGACGAGGCGGAGGAAGGGGACGCGCUCCAGGAGGACGCGGAUAUUUGAUGCAGCAGCGUGGAGUAGUCGCGCCACCGCGAGCACCAGAAGCUCGACCGCAUGCACUGACAAGCGACCAAAUAAAUCAGGCCCCCCUCCUCGUCCCCGCAGGGAGAGGGCGAGGACGAGGAGGGAACCUCGUUCCAACACCUUCGCCGCAUCUUGGGCCCACCAUUCCACCCAAUGCGGUUCUUCCUACAACCACGGAAAUCGCUCUUGUGGGACGUCGUGCUGAUGUUGCUCCUGCAGCGGCUAGUAGUACAGCACGAUCAACACGACCCUCAGCGAGUUCAUCCUCGAGCGGGGGAUCUUCGCAGCAGAAUCUACUUCUACCGAGUAGAGGACCUCCAGAAACUACUUCUGCUCAACAGCACACACACGACCCGCAGCCUGCCAGUCCCCCCGCCACCUCCCCCUCGUCAACGGCGGCAGGGAUAAUUGCAGCAGGUUCUUCAGGUACUGCUACUACUACGUCCGAUGCAACAAACCGAGUACUACAACCUUCAAGGACGAGUUCAUCUUUUUGCUUUGACUGUUUCCGUACCUGUUUCGAUUCGCUCUUCGGCACCUCUAACUCAGGGGGAGGUAGAGCAACCGCUGCUAGUACUGGUUCUGGAUCUUCCCCUCCAGCAGCUGAACCCGGCGCCCCGGAGAACUACAACCAGCGGGGAGGAGGACGAGGACGAUUUUUUUUCCGAUUGCCUCGUCUUCCUGCCUGGUUGCGGUCCCUGCCAACAUCUGUGCGCAGGUCAACUAGUGCUAUCGCAGGUCAAGAAGAACCAACAUCUCGGCACCACGCGCACGAACGUCCUCCAGAAGGCCAACCGCCUUAUACCCAAGCCGCGCUCGCACGAUUGACGGAAGCAGUCCGAACUGGGCCGGCGAUGCAAAACACGCUGGACUUUCAACAACUAGAUGCAGAAGCGAGGCGAACGAUUGACGAAGCCGUGGCGAAGUUGGUUCAUGUUGUAAACCCGCAAAAACAGACGUUUGAGCGCUUGACUCGUGCCUACCGGGAAUUUCGAAAGGCCGUGGUCCUUGCGGACGUCAUGAACGGAUGCGGAGUUGUAGAUCAUGAAAACUACAAUGCAGCAGGAAGUUCUACUACUCCACAAGUUGAUGUUCACGGCAUCACCGGCUGCUGCGGAACACGGUACGCCAGCCGGAAAAAAUUUUUGGAAACAUUCCCGCUCAACGGGAGCAAAGGGUUUCCACAUAACGCGAAGGAGCCCUGUCCACACUGCGGAAAAGAGGUCUUUUACUCCACGCUAGUACCGGACGGGGAGCGACACGAUGUGGAGGAGAUGAGGAGAGGACAGCAUGGGCCGCGGAGUGGGGAUCAGCAUGGAGAACAAAACGACAUUGUGCGGGUCAAGAUACAACCGCUGAUACAGAAAUACCAGGCUUACAAGCCGCACGCCAACGACAUGGUCGACUUUAUCACGCCGAAUGAUGUCGCGAGAUUCUUGCGAAAGCGACAGGAGUCAUCGGGUCUGGCGUUUCCGGACACUGAGUUGGUGGAGGAGUUGCAGAACCAGAUACGCAAUUUGAGGGAGCUUUUAGACGACGAUGGCCGAGGUGGAUGAGGAGGUUGAGGAGUUUGGGAAGACCGUGAUCAGCCGGAUUUGAUUUAUUUCAUUUGUUGUAGUAAGUAUGAGGGUUAGGUCAUUGUGUGGCACUGCAAGCCUAUAGGAGCAACAAGUACAAAUGCUAGUUCAUAUGCUUCUUUAUCUCCCUCUGAACCUGAAGUACAGUGUUUAUAAAGACUAUAUUUGCAGCGGACGAACACGAAAACGAAAUAGGAAUAGCACAAGGUAAACCGUAGCUGCUUUUCUGUCAUACAUUGACGACAUUUUUGCGGAGUCAUGUUUUGGUCCUUAUUUCAAAUUCGAUAAAGACCCAGCAGCUACUCGCGUCAAGAUUGGACCUGUCCAUUUCGGCACCUUAGGUGCGGCAAAUUGUAACACCAAUUUGGUGAAGCAAAGCCUGACCCUAAACAGUGCAUGCGUUAACUUAUGCGGACUACAGCAUCCAGCUCCAGGCUCUUCUGUUUCGUAAAU